AUGACCACAAUCUCGACCGUUAGGCCCAUCACCCACAUUCCAUCGGCUAGAAUCCCCAACCACAAUUCAAAUCCCAGCUUUCCCCAAAAGCACCUAUGCCUCUCCCUCUUAAGUGCCAUCUCCUCCAUGCGCCAGCUCGUACAAAUCCACUCUUACCUCAUCACUUCCGGCCUUUUCUUCAAAGAUAAAUUUCUAGUCAGUGAAACCCUCCGUUUCUGUUCCCUUCACCCCUCCGGCGACCUCUCCCACGCCCGAACCCUUCUUCUCCAUAGCCCGAGCCCGAUGUCCUCAUCAUGGAACCAUGUCAUUCGAGGACUAUGCCUUAAUUCAUCCUCAGCUGAUGCUGUCGCUGUUUUUCUCGAGAUGCGCCGGCGAGGGGCAAGGCCAAAUGAGUUAACCUAUCCGUUUGUAAUCAAGUCAUGUGCUAAAUUACUAGACCUUUGUGUUGGGAGGCAAGUUCAUGCCGAUUCCAUCAAGAAUGCUGCGGGAUCUGUUGUUUAUGUUGGAAACACAUUGAUGCAUUUAUAUGGAUUUUGUGGGGAGGUCCAUGAUGCACGAAGGAUGUUUGAUGGAAUGUCUCACAGAACAAUGAUUUCGUGGAACACGAUUUUAAAUAUCUAUGUUGAUAGUUUGAUGAUUGAAGAAGCAAUGAAAUUGUUUUGCAAGAUAAUGGAUAGUGGAUUAGGAUCGGAUCAGACAACCUACAUUAUUUUGCUUUCUGCUUCUUCUUUGAUGGGAAGCUUGGGGCUAGGGAGAUGGGUUCAUAGCCAGAUCAUUUGCAGAGAGAUUGAAGUUAGCCUGAAGUUAGGCACAGCGCUGGUGCACAUGUAUGCGAAAUGUGGAGCUCUGGAUUUUGCUUCUAUGAAAUUUGAAAGAAUGCCAGUAAAGAAUGUAUGGACUUGGAGUGCAAUGAUCCUUGGUUUUGCUCAACAUGGUCGUGCACAUGAAGCACUCAAUCUAUUUAAGCAUAUGAAGAAUUCUUUGAUAAAGCCUAAUUAUGUAACAUUUCUGGGAGUACUCUGUGCUUGCAGUCAUGUUGGCUUGGUCCAUGAUGGCUACCGAUUCUUCCAUGAAAUGGUUCAUGUUCACAGCAUCAAACCUCAGAUGUCUCAUUACAGUGCCAUGGUUGAUGUCCUCGGCCGGAAAGGUCUUCUUCUUGAAGCUUACAAUUUCAUCAAAAGCAUGCCUAUGGAUCCUGAUGCUGUCGUUUGGAGAACUCUUCUCAAUGCUUGCCAGUUACACAUUACUAGAGAUGGGCAUGGUAUUGGAGAGGCUGCAAAGAAGAUUUUGCUUGCGCUUGAACCAAACAGAUGUGGAAACUAUGUUAUUGUUGCCAACAUGUAUUCUGAACUUGGAUCGUGGGAGGAGGCUGCGAAGGUUCGAAAGAUAAUGAGAGAAGAAGGCCUGAAGAAGAUGGCGGGAGAGAGCUGCAUUGAGAUUAGUGGGUCAAAUUAUAGGUUUCUAUCUGGGUAUGAUUCUUCGGUUGAAAGUGAGGGACUCUACCAAUUGAUACAUGGGAUGCAUUUGAACAUGAAAAAGUUUGGUAUUGCAGAUUCCAAUACUCGUAUACAACUUCAAAAACUUGUAUUUGAAUAUUGAAAUCAAACUGUUAAUCUCUAAUGAGGAUGUUCCAGCUUUCUAUCAUUGAGUGCAUUCCAGUGGACCGGGCAUGAUAAAUAUGAUCUCUAGUCAACACCCAUUGGAGCAUCAUGUCAUGCUUCACUUCUUUUAUUGCAAUAAUUGAAUGAACCCAUGGAGUGCAAAUAUUCUAAUCUUCGAGUUCCAUGAGAUGAAAUUCCUUGUGCCUUUAUGCUUGCAACAAUUGCUGUUGCUCCACAGAUUCCAGCGUCUUGAGUUUAUCUGCAAUCAGUGAAUGGUUAACGGAUUGUCAAGAGCAAGGUUUCCUUGAUGAGUUGAAUGAUUGUAGUUAUAUACCAGAGAGUUGAAUACCGGUACCGAGCAAUGAAGGGUUUGGUUUUCUAGCCAAACCUCUCUCCAACCACAAACAUUAUGGAUGAAAGCUUAUAUGCCAUUUUGAAGGCUACAUUAUAGAUGUACCUGGAAGAAGAGUGGAUAAGCUCAUCGAAUUUCCAUCUUAAGGGCCAUAAUAGAGAAUCCAAGAAAUUUGACAAUUGUGUUAUCUUCUAUUUUAUAAAUCAUGAGCUGUUCAUUAAAUAUAAA